GAGCACUCCCCCACUACCGACAUUGCGGCUCGAUAUUGGCGCGGCGGUCCAGACCUACACCAAGCUUGUAUCAUCGAUUCCCGCCAUUUCUUCAUUAAUUCCUGCUUCAGCUACCAUAUGUCUUGAGCGAGUCCUUGAAGUGGUCGAGCGUGGAGCCAGUUACAAGCCCGUCCAGACACACAGCGAAGUAGCUCUGCUCUCCACUGGCCAAGAUGACGGAAGUCGUGAUGAGCCAGACGCCACCCAUCCUGCACGGCCCGUCAGAAAAGGAGAAGAAAUAUGACAGACAGCUUCGGCUCUGGGCAGCGAGCGGUCAGGCCGCGCUCGAGUCUGCUCACAUCCUUCUUGUGAACUCUGGUGCCGGAACCGUGGGCAUUGAGGCGCUCAAGAACCUCGUGCUGCCUGGUAUUGGCAAAUUCACCAUCGCUGAUGACGCCGUUGUGAACGAAGCUGACCUUGGAGUCAACUUCUUCCUUGACGAGAGCUGUCUUGGCAAGCUUCGCUCAGAGAGCUCGGCCAAACUCUUGCAGGAACUGAAUCCGGAAGUGCAAAGCGACUACUUUCCCAAGAAUGGAGCCCCGCUGGAUCUGAGAAAAGUUCUUCAAACGUCGCCUACAUUCACGGUGAUCCUCUACACAUAUCCAAUAUCCCGCGAGAAUCUCGGUAUUAUUGAAGAGUAUGGCAAGGAGCACAAGACGCCUCUCUUCGCGAUACACUCUGCAGGGUUCUAUUCCUACUUCCGCAUCAACCUCCCCGGAACCUUCCCAGUGGUUGACACACAUCCCGAGGUGGAGAAAACAACUGAUCUGCGGCUUCUCAGUCCAUGGCCUGAACUUUCACAGUUCGCCGAGGAAAUGACUAAAGAUAUCGACAGCCUCGAUAACCACAAGCAUGGCCAUAUCCCUUAUCUUGUCCUUCUGCUGCAUUUUCUCAAGAAGUGGAGAAGUUCACACAAUGGCGAAGACCCAACCUCGACCAAGGACAAAAAGGAGUUCCGCGCCUUUGUCUUGUCACAUAUGCGUUCGGAUAACCCCGAAGGUGGAGAGGAGAAUUUCCAGGAAGCUGAAGCCGCCAUAAACAAGAACGUUGUUGCCCCACGACUCGAGGAUGGCGUGAAAGAGAUAUUUGAUCACCAGCUCACGAACGAGUAUGAGAACCGCUCCACAUUCUGGUUGGUGGUCGCUGCGGUAAAGCGAUUCUACGAAAAGAAUGGAUGCCUUCCCGUUCCCGGUGCGAUACCAGACAUGAAGGCCGAGUCUGAUGUGUACGUGAAGCUGCAACGCAUCUACAAGAACAAGGCACAAAAGGAUGCCCGAGAAGUCUUUGAGGCUGUGAAGUCCAUGCCUGGUGGAGAGAGAGCGGAAUUUGCCGACGUCGAACUGUUCUGCAAGAACGCACGUUUUGUUCGACUAAUCAAUGCUACCGCAAACAACAAAGGGCUCGACUCUUUGAUAGGCAAGUCUUUUAUAGCCAAAGAUGCAGAAGCUGAAGCGAUGUUUGAAGCUACAGGGGGUGCCUUCAGCAUGCCAAAGUCCAACCUCUUCAUUUACCUUGCUCUAUUGGCGACAGCUCACAAUCCGCAGGCGACGGCGGACGACAUUAUGGAGGCAACCCACAAGCUGGCCCCUGCCGUCACUCAAAAUGAACGUAUGCUGCAGAGUGCUCAAGAAGUUGCUCGGGCACAAGGUGGCGAGCUCCACAACAUCUCCGCCUUCACAGGGGGCAUGGUCGCGCAAGAGACCAUCAAGAUCAUUACGAAGCAGUACAUCCCCAUCGACAACACAUGCAUAUUCGACGGAAUAAGCAGCCGUUGCCAAGUCCUUCACCUGUAA